CCCAAAAUCAAAUCAUCCUGACUCCAAAAAGACUCGGGAAUCCCCGAAGCCUCCAGAAGUUCAAAAAACCCUCCAAAAAUCUCAAUCAUCAUAUCCAGAAUCUGCUUCUCAGCUCUCAAUUCUCCCAUGGACCAAUCGUCUCCGGCGCUCGAUGACUGCUUGAAGCUACUGAAAGGCGAAAGAGACGAGCAGCGCCUCGCCGGACUUCUCCUCGUCACCAAAUUCUGCAAAGGCGACGACCUCUCCUCCCUCCUCACUAUCUAUGACGCCGUCGGCGUCCAAUUUCUCGACCGGCUCCUCCGAACUGGAAUGGGAAAGGGAAGCAUAAGUGAAAACCAAGAGGCGUAUUUGCAGCUUUCAGUUACUGUUCUUGCUGCAUUCUGCCGUGUUCCUGAAAUUGCUGCUUCGAAUGACAUGGUUUCGAAGAUUCCGCUGGUACUGGAAGUUUUGUCCAAAGAAUCAGGCCCGGCUGUUCUUGAAGAAUGCUACGAGUUUCUAUAUUUGGUUUCGACGGCGUCUGAAGAUGGAAUCAUGACAUUUUACUCAUCUGGGGGCAUGAAAAUGCUGGCUUCUCAUAUGCCCAUUUUACCCGAUGGUUCACAUCAGAUGAAAGUCAGUAUGAAACUUGUGCAAUUGCUACUAAAUAAGUUCUAUCCUGAUCGCAUUAACAAUGACUAUCUACCAGAGCUUUCAAUGAUUGUGGCUGCAAUAGCAAGGCAAUUUUCUGUCUUGCAUGAUGCUAUGAAAUUUGAUGCGCUGCACAUACUGACGGCCGUCUUCUCACCAAAAUUUUCGGCACCGCUUUAUGAUUCUCUUCGUGUACUUCCCCAAAAAAAUUGGCCCGAUUAUAUGCGUGAUGGUAUUGCUGCCAUUCUACAAAACCGUGUUGCACCUACUGAAAAGCUGCAGGCACUUAUUUUGGCGGAGUCUAUGGUGACGAUAUUCGGGGAAAAGUGGCUGGUAGGUCAGAUAAAUUCAGCUGAUGGAAAAGGGCCUAUUCCAACAGAUAGGUGCUUAGUGCUAGUGCUGGAGCAAUCAAGGGUUGAAGUUGCUGUUCUUCUGAAUGAGCUAGCUUACUUAAAAGAUGAAGCAUCUAAGAAAUCUUCACCCGCUGCUGAGACAAUCCUUUUAAAGAAACGGAAUGUGGCUAUUGCCUUUUCCUUACUGGAAAAGAUAAUUAAUUUAAUAUCAAAUGCGAGUGAGAAUGAAGGGGACCUUAUCCACGAAAAUACUUUGUCAAUGGUCAUUAAUGGCCUUAAUGAGACAAUUGGUGUAGUUCUAGAGUAUUUACAAGAUGCAAAGGAACAAGAACAAAGGAAGGGAGAUGAUCUUCUGGCUUCAGUGCGGGUUAUAGGCAGCUAUCUUGCAGAAGCACCUCUUGCAUGCAGAGAGAAGGUUAGAGAACUUUUAGAGUAUAUGCUCUCUAUUGAAGGUGAAGAUGAACCAAGACCCUUCUAUGCUAUAUGCUUUUUGCUUCCAAUGCUGUGUCAAUUGACAAUGGAGGUCGAAGGAUGUAAAGCGUUGAUUUCUUGUGGAGGUCAUAAGUCUGUUGUUGAUUGCCUUGUAAAUUUGAUUGGGCCACAUGGUUACAAGGUGGAGGAUAGGGGCUGCAUCUUUUUGGCAUGUGACACCAUCUUGAAUCUUCUUCUAAAGAAAGAGCAAGUGCAAGCCCCAUUGGAUUAUUCGACUCUCGUCAAUCUAUUGAAAGCGUUGGCACGCUGGACAGAGGGUGUAGAUGACCCGUCAAUCAUAAUGAUGGCAUCAAGUAUUUGCACACUGCUGUUUGACUUUACUUCGGAGAAGGCUCUUCUUAAGCAUCCCAACUUUGAUGACAGCUGUCUUAAUAAUCUGUCUCGGCUCAUUGCAAGAAGUAUGGCUGCAUGGGGACAGGAUAUGUCUGAUGCUGCUAAAGCAGAAACAGAUCUUCUUGAGAUUGUUACAGCAGGAUAUUCUCGAUGGGUCACUCGCUUCCCUUGUGUAAGAGAUGCUGUUGAGAGAUAGUCGGAUUCAACCAGAUGAAUGAUGAGAAUGGGGCAAGGGAUUAUUCUUGUGUUCGA